AUCCACAAACACUUCAGUAGAAAAGUGAAGCAAAAUGGAGAAUGCUGAGACCUCAAGAGGGAGUAGUGGACGUAUUAGUAGUUCUAAUGUAUGGAGAAACACUAGCUUGGAUAUUUUUUCAAUGUCUUCUCGUAAAGAAGAUGAUGAAGAGGAUCUUAAAUGGGCAGCUUUAGAGAAAUUGCCUACUUAUUUACGUAUAAGGAGAGGUAUACUCAAGGAAGAAGAAGGCCAAACUCGAGAGAUUGAUAUAAACAGUUUAGGAUUAAUAGAGAAAAAGAAUUUAUUGGAGAGAUUAGUGAAAAUUGCUGAAGAAGAUCAUGAAAAAUUCUUGUUGAAGCUCAAGGACCGCAUUGACAAAGUUGGAGUAGAUAUGCCAACAAUUGAGGUGAGAUUUGAGCAAUUAAAUGUUGAGGCAGAAGCAUAUGUUGGCAGCAGAGCAUUACCUACAAUCUUCAACUUUUGUGUUAACAUGUUUGAGGAAAUCUUGAAUUAUCUUCACAUUCUUCCAAGUAGGAAGAAGCCAUUGUCAAUUCUCCAUGAUGUGAGUGGAAUUAUCAGGCCUAAAAGAAUGACUCUGCUGUUAGGCCCUCCAAGCUCAGGCAAAACCACUCUACUUUUGGCUCUUGCUGGAAAACUCACUAAAGACCUAAAAUGUUCAGGAAGAGUAACAUACAAUGGACAUGGAAUGGAAGAGUUUGUUCCGCAAAGAACAUCAGCUUUUAUAAGCCAAAAUGAUGUUCAUAUGGGUGAACUCACUGUCAGAGAAACUCUUGCCUUCUCCGCUAGAUGUCAAGGAGUUGGAACCCGUUAUGACAUGUUGAUGGAUUUAGCAAGGAAGGAAAAAGAAGCAAAUAUCAAACCUGACCCUGAUAUUGAUAUCUACAUGAAGGCUGCUGCACUUGAAGGGCAAGAGGCAAAUGUUGUUACAGAUUAUAUUCUCAAGAUUUUAGGACUUGAAGUAUGUGCUGAUACUUUAGUGGGUGACGAAAUGGUAAGAGGCAUCUCUGGUGGAGAAAGGAAGCGAGUUACAACAGGGGAGAUGCUGGUUGGACCAGCAAAAGCACUUUUCAUGGAUGAGAUAUCAACUGGUUUGGAUAGUACCACAACUUUCAAAAUUGUGAACUCCCUUAGACAAUCAAUACACAUUCUCAAUGGAACUGCUCUUAUCUCUCUUCUCCAGCCAGCACCAGAAACAUUUGAACUUUUCGACGACAUAAUUCUUCUGUCAGAUGGCCAAAUUGUAUAUCAAGGUCCACGUGAAAAUGUGCUUGAAUUCUUUGAACACAUCGGCUUCAAAUGUCCUGAGAGGAAAGGAGUUGCUGAUUUCUUACAAGAAGUAACAUCAAGGAAUGACCAAGAACAGUACUGGACACAUAAAGAUGAGCCUUAUAGAUUUAUUUCUGCGAGAGAAUUUUCUGAAGCAUUUCAAUCAUUUUAUGUCGGUCGAAAAUUAGGUGAUGAACUUGCCGCACCAUUUGACAAGUCCAAAGCUCACCCUGAUUCUCUGACAACUAAUAAAUAUGGUGUCAGUAAAAAAGAACUCUUGAAAGCUUGCAUUUCAAGGGAAUUUUUGCUCAUGAAGAGAAACUCAUCUGUUUAUAUCUUCAUCAUGACCCAACUUAUUAUAUUGGCUUUCAUUACCAUGACGGUAUUUCUGAGAACGGAGAUGCACCAUAAGACAGAAACAGAUGGUGGAGUUUAUUUGGGUGCCCUUUUCUUCACAGUCACUACAAUUAUGUUCAACGGAUUCUCAGAGCUUGCAAUGACCAUCUUGAGACUUCCUGUCUUCUACAAGCAAAGAGACCUUCUUUUUUAUCCUUCAUGGGCAUAUGCUUUACCCACAUGGAUUUUGAAGAUCCCAAUAAACUCUGUAGAAGUUGCAGUGUGGGUCGUUAUGACAUAUUAUGUUAUAGGCUUUGAUCCAAACAUUCAAAGGUUUUUCAAGCAGUAUUUGAUACUAAUGCUGACUAGCCAGAUGGCAUCUGGACUUUUUCGUUUGGUAGCAGCACUAGGAAGGAAUGCAAUUGUUGCUAACACAUUUGGGGCAUUUGCAAUGCUUACUGCUUUGAUCCUCGGUGGAUUUGUCACAUCAAGAGAUAAUGUGAAGAAUUGGUGGAUAUGGGGUUACUGGUCCUCACCCAUGAUGUAUGUGCAGAAUGGUAUUUCUGUGAACGAAUUCCUUGGGAACAAUUGGAAUCAUAUUCCCCCAAAUUCAACAGAGCCAUUAGGAGUUACUAUCUUGAAGUCUCGUGGACUUUUCCCUGAAGCAUAUUGGUAUUGGAUUGGAGUUGGAGCUUUGAUAGGAUAUAUAUUCUUAUUCAAUUUCAUUUUUGUUCUGGCCCUAAAAUAUCUUAAUCCAUUUGGAAAGCCUCAAGCAAUAAUAUCAGAAGAGGCCUAUGUUGAAAAAAUUUCAAUGAAAACUGGAGUGCCAGUAGAACUAUCAUCAAAAGGGAAAAUCUCUCAAGAAAGAGACAAUAUGGCAAACCAAAGAAUUGCUUCAUUCAGGACACCUUCUGCGAGAGUAUACAGCUUCAGCAAUGCCGAUGAAAACAGAAAGCGUGGAGUGGUUCUUCCUUUUCAACACCUUUCCAUUACUUUCGAUGACAUCAGAUAUGCUGUAGACAUGCCACAGGAAAUGAAAGCUCAGGGUAUUACUGAGGAUCGUCUAGAACUUCUGAAGGGUGUCAGUGGAGCAUUCAGGCCAGGAGUCUUAACAGCUUUAAUGGGUGUUAGUGGUGCUGGAAAGACCACUCUUAUGGAUGUCUUGGCUGGAAGGAAAACUGGCGGUUACAUAGAGGGAAGCAUCUCAAUAUCUGGAUACCCAAAGAAGCAAGAAACUUUUGCUCGCAUAUCAGGAUAUUGUGAGCAAACUGAUAUACACUCCCCUCAUGUGACAGUCUAUGAGUCAUUGCUCUAUUCUGCAUGGCUCCGACUACCAUCUGAUGUUGAUUCUGAUACAAGAAGAAUGUUCAUUGAGGAAGUCAUGGAGCUUGUGGAGCUGACAUCCUUAAGAGAAGCGCUUGUUGGCUUGCCUGGUUUGAAUGGUCUAUCAGUCGAGCAACGUAAACGGCUGACAGUUGCAGUUGAGCUUGUUGCAAACCCAUCUAUAAUCUUUAUGGAUGAGCCCACUUCUGGCCUUGAUGCCAGGGCAGCAGCAAUAGUAAUGAGAACAGUGAGGAACACAGUCGAUACUGGGCGAACUGUUGUGUGCACAAUACACCAGCCGAGCAUUGACAUAUUUGAUGCUUUUGAUGAGUUACUUUUACUGAAGAGGGGAGGUGAAGAAAUCUAUGUGGGUCCAGUUGGUCAACAUGCUUGUCAUCUGAUCAAAUAUUUUGAGGGCAUUGAGGGUAUUCCCAAGAUUAAGAAUGGCUAUAAUCCUGCAACUUGGAUGUUGGAAGUUACUGCAGCAGCACAAGAAGUAGCUCUUGGAGUUGACUUUGCUGAUAUAUACAAGAACUCAGAAUUGUACAGGAGAAACAAAGUCUUGAUCACAGAACUGAGCAAGCCUCUACCUGAUUCAAAAGAUCUGUACUUCCCAACUCAAUAUUCGAAGUCCUUCUUAACUCAGUGCUUGGCCUGCUUAUGGAAGCAGCAUUCGUCAUACUGGCGAAACCCACCGUAUACUGCAGUUAGACUCACAUUCACAACAUUUAUGGCUUUGAUGUUCGGGACAAUAUUCUGGAACGUAGGUUCAAAAAGAGGGAGACAACAAGAUCUGUUCAAUGCAAUGGGUUCCAUGUACGCCGCAGUUCUUUUCUUAGGAUUUCACAAUUCGACGGCAGUGCAGCCGGUUGUGGCAAUUGAAAGAACAGUGUUUUACAGAGAAAAAGCAGCUGGAAUGUAUUCUGCAUUGGCGUAUGCGUUUGGACAGGUUAUGAUAGAAGUUCCUUAUGUCUUAAUUCAGACCAUGAUAUAUGGGGUUAUAGUGUAUGUAAUGCUAGGGUUUGAAUUGAGUAUUGGCAAAUUAUUUUGGUAUCUGUUCUUGAUGUUCUUUACCUUACUCUACUUCACUUUUUACGGAAUGAUGACCGUCGCCAUCACACCAAACCAUAACAUUGCUGCUAUAGUUUCGUCAGCUUUCUUCGCGAUAUGGAACAUUUUCUCAGGAUUUAUUGUUCCUCGACCGAGGAUUCCUAUAUGGUGGAGAUGGAAUUACUGGGCUUGCCCUAUUGCCUGGACACUGUAUGGAUUGUUUGCUUCACAGUUCGGAGAUAUUAAGGAAAAGAUGGACUCUGGCGAAACGGUGGAAGAUUUUUUAAGGAGUUAUUUCGGGUUUGAACAUGAUUUUGUUGGAAUUGUUGCUGCUGUUCUGGUUGGCAUAUCUGUGCUAUUUGGAUUCAUCUUUGCCUUCUCCAUUAGAACAUUUAACUUCCAGAAAAGAUAAGGGACUUAUUUGUUUCACGUGAUAAAUAUAAGGAGCAUAUUUGUACUUUUACCAAAAGAUAAUGUUAAGUUUAGUUAAGGAUUUA